ACAAAACGAUAAUCCCUAAUGUUUAGCUCAUUCUGCUUCUCUCUCUAAAAACGAAAGAGAAGUGAUCUCUCUCUAUUGUCCGACGACUAGAGCAGUAGGGCUUCUCUCAACGUCAUUCGCUCUUUCUCUUUCUAUCUCUAGACGCGGCGCACGUUAAACAUCGCCGUCAUUUAUCUUACGCCGUCGGAGGUAAGCUCAUUAUCGUACGCCUACCUGCUCAUUUUCACCUGAUCCAACGACCCGAUUUCCCAUCCAAACCCUAAUCUAUCUAGCCAAGCCAAGUAAUACUGUUCAAUUACCCGUUCUAAUUCGAUUUAUUACCGGUAAUAAGAAAUUUGUUCCCUAUUGAGGUUAUUUAGGUGAGAGUGGGUUGGUUCCUAGGGUUUUGUUAUUUGAUAAACAUUCUUUUUGGGGGCUUGGGGAAAUAUUUGUUAUAUAUACUAUUUGAUGCGUUGUGGGUUUCUGAUAUGGCCAAUCAUGGCGGUGUUGGGAGCAAAUUCGUGUCUGUGAAUUUGAAUAAAUCAUAUGGACAGUCUUUUCAUCAUCAUGAUAAUAAAUCUUAUAGUGGUUCUUAUGGACAGGCCGCGGCAGUCGGCCGUGGUCGGUCGGGCAGUGGAGGGAUGGUUGUUCUGUCACGGCAUCGGAGUGCCCAGAAAGUUGGACCGAAAUUAUCUGUACCACCCCCCUUGAAUUUGCCUUCAUUGAGGAAAGAGCAUGAGAAAUUUGAUUUAUCGGGAUCUGGUGGUGGGACAUCAGGAGGUGGUGGUCAAGGAAGUGGGCCGAGGCCAUCGUCUUCUGGUAUUGGUUGGACUAAGCCUGCUGCUGUUGCAUUGCAAGAGAAAGAUGUAAAUAGUGAUGGUCAGGUUGUCGAUGGUUUGGAUCAUACUGGGCAUGGUAUUGAUGGUAUUAACCAGGUUAGUGGAUCGUAUAUGCCUCCUUCAGCUCGUGUAAGUGGUACUGGAGCUGCAGUUACUGGUCCUGCGAAAGUAUUUCCUUCGACAGUUGAGAAAGUCUCAGUUUUGAGAGGUGAGGAUUUUCCUUCUCUUCAAGCUGCGUUGCCUGUCUCUUCUGGACAGACAAACAAGCAAAAGGAUAGUUUGAGUCAGAAGCAGAAGCGAGUAUCUGGUGAAGGAUCAUCUGAUGAGCAAAGAGACAGUUACAACACGAGUUUGUCGGUUGAUAUGCGUCCUCAUGGACACUCUUCACGUCAUGCAACUGGAAAUGGCCCGUCAGAAAAUGGGUAUGAAAUUCAUGGUUUGAGCACUGCUCGGAGAGUGGAUCAACCUCGGAAGCAGGACGAUUUCUUUCCAGGGCCACUUCCACUAGUCCGUUUGAAUCCUAGAUUUGAUUGGGCUGAUGAUGAACGGGACACUGGACAUGGAUUUUCAGAUAGGGGCAGAGAUAUUGGGAUUUCAAAAGUUGAUAAUUAUUGGGAUAGGGAUUUUGACAUGCCUCGAACUAGUGUGUUACCCCAUAAAGCUGCUCAUAACCAAUAUGAAAGGAGGGCUGCUAGAGAGAAUCUGACUGGGAAUGGGUUUUCCACUGACCAGAGAGGUGACAGCUAUGGCAGGGAUCUCAGAAUACCUAGUAGAGAAGGUAGGGAAGCAAGCACAUGGAGGAACUCAAUCCUUCCUAGAGAUGGUAAUGUUCCAGAUGUUGCAACUGACAGAAAUGCCAUUAGCUCGGGUGGAUCUGUUGUUAACAAAGAUAUAGUGAAAGAGAACAAGUAUGUCCCACCACAUUUUGGGGACACUGCUCGUGAUGGAAGCUUUACUGGAAAUCGGGAUUAUUCACAUGGAAGGAAUGACACGGGUCUUGUUACCGACGGCAAACAACGCUGGAAUCAUGCAACAACAUCAUCCAACAAUCGAGGGGUCGAGCGCAUAACUCAAGAUCGCCUUGGUAGUGAACUGUCCAACAGAUACAGACGUGAUGGAUUUCAGACCAAUGCUGGGUCAAAAUCUUCAUUUGCAUCUGUUGGGAGAUCACCGCAUAUGGGUGACCCUGUUCUGAAUGUGGGCAGGGAGAAAAAUGUCCAUUCAAGGGGUGAAAGGCCAUACAAAGAGGAUCCAUACCUGAAAGAUUUUGAAUCUGCAGGAUUUGAUGAAAGAGAUCUCUUUUCUGGAGGUCUUACUGGGGUGAUCAAGAGAAAAAAAGAUGUAGCUAAGCAGACUGAUUUCUAUGAUCCUGUCAGAGAAUCUUUUGAGGCUGAACUGGAGCGAGUUCAAAAGAUGCAAGAGCUUGAACGGCAGCGAGUUAUGGAAGAACAAGAAAGAGCACUGGAGCAAGCUCGAAGGGAGGAAGAGGAGAGGCAGAGACUGAUUAGAGAAGAGGAAGAACGUCGGCUAAAGUUGGAAGAAGAAGCACGAGAAGCUGCUUGGAGGGCAGAAAAAGAACGUCUUGAUGCAGUAAGAAGAGCUGAAGAGCAGAGAAUUGCGAGAGAGGAAGAGAAAAGGAGGAUCUUCAUGGAGGAAGAAAGGAGGAAGCAGGCUGCUAAACAAAAACUUUUGGAAUUGGAGGCUAAGAUAGCCAAGAGGCAGACUGAAGUGACUAAAGUUGAUACUUUAAUUGUCACCACUGAUGAGAAAGUAUCUGCCAUGAGCAAGGAAAUUGAUGUUUCAGGGGCAUCCGAUUUGGAUAAUUGGGAUGAGAGUGAAAGGAUGGUGGAACGGUUGACAACUUCAGCAUCUUUUGACACACCCGUCUUAAGCAGAUCUUCUGAUGUAAGUUCUCAGCACUACUCUCGAGAGGGUUUCACAGAUUAUCCAGACAGAGGAAGACCUUUUAAUUCAUGGAGGGGAGAUGUAUUUGAGAAUGGAAGCAGCUCAUCAAUGCACCUACGAGAUCAAGAUAUUGGUCAUCAUAGUCCAAGAAGGGAUGUUUCUGCUGGUGGCAGAGCAGCAGCUCCCCGGAAAGAUUUAUCAGGAGCAACUGGAUAUUUGGCUUCUGGGAGUUAUGCCAGAGGUGGACGUGAAGGAUAUACAGAUGAAUUUGGCCAUCGGAAAGAGCAUAGGUGGAAUGUUUCUAUGGAUGCCGAUCCAUACAUCAGGAACAGGGACAUGGACGCAGAGUUCAAUGAUAAUCUUGCAGAUAGGUAUGGUGAUCUGGGUUGGGGGCAAGCUCGUUCUCGUGGCAAUACUCGCUUCCCUUACCCAGACCGGCUAUAUCAAAAUUCUGAAGCUGAUGAGCCUUACUCCUAUGGUAAGUCAAGGUAUGCUGUGAGACAGCCACGAGUACUUCCUCCACCUUCACUUUCUACUAUGCAGAGAACUUUCAGGCGUAUGAAUGAUCACCCUGGUUCAUCAAACCUUGUUGACAAUGAAAGCCAUUAUCCUCAUCCUCGGGGAGGUGAAUCUACAAGGCAGACAGGUUAUUUUGGUGGCCAUCCAUCUGAACUUAUUGCUACCCAGCAAGAGAGUGCUCUUGCAGACGACAAAAAUCUGAAUAAAGAUAUGACCCCAAGAUGCGAUUCACAAUCUUCUCUAUCAGUCACAAGCCCUCCAAACUCUCCUCCUCAUCUCUCUCACGAUGAGUUGGACGACUCUGAGGAUUCUCCUUCAGAAUCUGUUAUGGCAGAAGGUAAAAAUGCAAGUCUCUCUGGAUAUGAAUGUACUCUAUUAAAUGAUAAUUCUGCAAAAGAUGCCAUGAAGAUGGCUUCCAGCUCUCUCUCUGCCACGGAGGAUGAAGACUGGAAUGUGGAAGAUAAUGGUGAAUUGCAGCAGCAAGAAGAGUAUGAUGAGGAUGAUGAUGGUUAUAGGGAAGAGGAUGAAGUGCGUGAAGCAGAUGAUGAGAAUCUUGACCUGAACCAAGAGUUUGAAGAUCUGCAAUUAGGUGAGGGAGAUUCGUCUCACAAUUUAGAUAACUUGGUUUUGGGCUUUGAUGACGGUGUUGAAGUUGCACUACCAAGUGAUGAUUUUGAGAGGAAUUCAAGGAAUGAAGAAAGUGUAUUUGAUAGACCUGAAACCUCUGAAGGUGGAUCUAUAAAUGGGGUUCAAGUCGAUGAAAAAUGCCUUCAUCCUGUGGAAGGGGCCCCUGGGCCAUGUUUGGAUAGCUCCUCUGACAGGGUCCAAGAAGCUGAAAAAAUUAUGCAACAAUCUGAGUGUAGACCUAGUACUGAACCUCUCACUUCAGCAGCGUCACAUUUAUUGGAUGGUGUUGAUGCUUAUUGUUGCCCUAGCCUAUGUCCUCAGCAAACUUUCUCAUCUGUUGGUACCCCAUCUUCUGUUGGUCAGACUAGUGUGUCAAGUAUAACGUCUUCUAGUCAACCUGAUUUGCCUGUUAAGCUUCAGUUUGGACUGUUUUCGGGUCCUUCUCUGAUACCUUCUCCAGUUCCGGCCAUCCAAAUUGGUUCCAUUCAAAUGCCUCUUCAUCUCCAUCCACCAGUUGGUCCAUCCCUUUCUCAUAUGCAUCCAUCACAGCCUCCUAUCUUCCAAUUUGGUCAGCUUAGGUAUUCAUCUACUGUCACACAAGGGAUUCUGCCAAUCACUGCUCAGCCAAUGUCUUUUGGUCAGCCCAAUGUGCAAGCUCAUUACAAUGCCAAUCAAAACUCCGGAGGUUCUAUGCCUCCCCAACCUUCUCAAGGUGCUUCUACUUCCAGUCAGAUGAAAGACAAUGUUCAAUCUCUUUCAGCAAAUCAGGGACAUGGUUCUGUAGUGAGGCCUGGAGGACCUCAUGAGAGUAAGCCAGUACAAGGCAGUGCAGAAAACAAAACUCUUACGGCCAACAUUGCGGGGAUUGCUGGUGCUAGUGAUAGAAAACUUGUGUCAGAGUUAGAUAUCCAAGUUGAAGCUAAGAGUUUGAAUAAUGCAGAUCGGCAUGUGCAGCCUUCUAAGGAGAAGGAAUCUGAUGGCAACCUGUCCUCUGUGCUGCCAUCAAUUCAGUCAGUUUCUUAUGAGAGAAAUUCUGCUGGGGGCAGGGCUCAGGGCCGAGCAUACAGCAACAAGGGGAAAAGAUUCACAUAUGCUGUAAAAAGUUCUAGUUUUAGGUCAUCUUUCCCGGUUUCUGACGGUCCUUAUUCUGAGCCGAGUAGAUUUCAGAGACGACCUCGUCGGACAGUUCAGCGAACUGAAUUUCGAAUCCGGGAAAAUUCAGAUAGUAGGCAAUCAUAUAGCACUGGUUUUUCUAAUGAUUCUGGUCAUGGUGAUAAUUUAAAUCAUGGUGGACGAGCUGCCACAGUGGUUCUUGCAAAAAGUGGAUCAAAGAGAGGAUCAUAUUCUGGUAAGAUAUUGAAGCAAAAUGUGGAGUUAGAUUCUAAGUCAACAAAUGCUGAUUCUCAGGAGGUUGACUCUGGUAUCAAACCAAGCAAAGAUGACGGAAGGGAAUCACUGCACAAAAAUCAGAAUAUCUCACACAGUGGCGAGGGAAAUCUAAAAAGGAACGUAUCCGAGGAGGAUGUUGAUGCUCCAUUACAGAGUGGUGUUGUACGUGUUUUUAAACAGCCUGGCAUAGAAGCACCUAGCGAUGAAGAUGACUUCAUUGAAGUCAGGUCUAAGAGGCAAAUGCUGAAUGAUCGACGAGAACAAAGAGAAAAAGAAAUCAAGGCAAAAUCCCGUGUUUCCAAGCCUCCACGCAAACUUCGGACGACCAGACAAAGUAGUGCAAUUUCAAAUAGCCCAAAUAAAAUCUCUGUGUCUGUGGGUGUAGAAAUACCAAAUAAGAGUAAUUAUUCAGAUAUUAUUGGUUCAGAGGUGCAAGGAUCUGUUUAUAAGGAUGUGUCCACUGGAUUUACUACUGUGGUGUCGCAGCCACUGGCUCCAAUUGGAACACCUGCAGGGAGCAGUGGAUCUCAGGCUGAUAAGCAAUUUCAUACAGCCAAGUCGCACCAAACCCCUUCUAGUGGUGGUGUUUCUGCUGGUGGAGAUGACCUUGAGCCAGGCUUGAUGUUUGAGAGCAAGAAAAAUGCAGAGAAUGUUACAUCAUCACCUCUGAACUCAUGGGGCAGUGCACAGAUCAAUCAACAGGUUAUGGCCUUGUCACAGAGCCAACUUGAAGAGGCUAUGAACCCUGCUAGAUUCGAAGCACAUGUAGCUUCUGUUGGAGCUCAUGGCAGUGCAGUUACUGAGUCCGUCUUACCGUCACCAUCCAUCUUAACAAAAGACAAAUCUUUUUCUUCUGCUGCAAGCCCAAUUAACUCCCUUCUUGCUGGCGAGAAAAUUCAAUUUGGUGCUGUUACAUCGCCAACGGUCCUUCAUACUAGUAGUCGUGUUGUUUCACAUGGGAUUGGAGCUCCAGGUUCUAAUAGAUCUGAAGUGCAAAUUUCCCGUAAUAUUUCUCCAGAUGAAAAUGAUUGUACCCUUUUCUUUGAGAAAGAUAAAUGUGCAAAUGAUCCAUGUCUAAAUGUACAAGAUUCUGAGGCGGAAGCUGAAGCAGCUGCUUCUGCUGUUGCUGUAGCAGCUAUCAGUAGUGAUGAAAUGGUCGGUAGUGGACUUGGGUCCGCUAUUUCAGAAGCUAAACCUUUUGAAGGUGAUCAGCAAUUGAGUAGCCAAUCAAGGGCAGAAGAGUCUCUCAGCGUAUCUCUUCCUGCUGAUCUCAAUGUUGAAACUCCUCCGAUAUCAUUGUGGCCGCCCCUGCCAAGUCCCCAGAAUUCUUCGAGCCAAAUCCUAUCUCAUUUUCCUGGUGGCCCACCAUCACAUUUUCCUUUCUAUGAGAUGAAUCCUGUGUUGGGUGGUCCUAUUUUUGCCUUCGGUCCUCAUAAAGAGUCUGGUGGCUCCCAAUCGCAGGCACAGAAAGCUACUGUAUCUAGCUCCGCGCCGCUUGGUGCAUGGCAACAAUGCCAUUCUACGUUGGACUCAUUCUAUGGUCAUCCAGCAGGGUUCACUGGGCCUUUCUUAAGCCCACCUGGAGGCAUCCCUGGGGUUCAAGGUCCGCCGCACAUGGUGGUCUAUAAUCACUUUGCUCCGGUUGGACAGUAUGGCCAGGUUGGAUUGAGCUUUAUGGGUACCACUUAUUUACCUUCUGGAAAGCAGCCUGAUUGGAAGCACACCCCUUCAUCCUCCGCAAUGGGUAUCACCGAGGUGGAUAUGAAUAACGUAAAUAUGACUGGUUCUCAGCGGAAUUUAUCGAAUAUGCCUGCUACUGUUCAGCACCUUGGCCCUGCUUCACCAAUUAUGCCGAUAGCUUCUCCUUUGGCCAUGUUUGAUGUAUCUCCAUUCCAGACUUCACCUGAAAUGCCUGUUCAAGCUCGCUGGUCUCAUGUCCCUGCAUCGCCUCUUCAUUCUGUUCCCAUUUCUCACCCCUUGCAGCAGCAAGCUGAAGGCACAUUGCCUCCUAAAUUUGGGCACGGUCAUUCGGUUGAUCAGCCAUUGAAUACCCAUAGGUUCUUGGAAUCUCAUCCUCCAGAAGCCUCUGAUGGUACCACCCCCAGUUUUACUGUUGCGACAGAUGCCAAUGCAGCUCACUUUCCUGUUGAAUUGGGUCUUGGAGAUUCCUCCAAGUCGGGGGCUACCGGUGGCUCUGCUCAGAGUCUAGCCAGUCAAAGCUCUUCUGGAUGUGCUAAUGCAGAUGCUGGCAAAAUUGAUGUUCUCAGAAAUGGCGUCAGCAACAGCGGUAAAGAUCAAGGUCUCAGUGGUUUCAAAAUGCAGACCCAACAGAAGAAUGCCUCUGCUCAGCAGAAUCAAACUGCAGGCUACAACUAUCACAGGGGUGGGGGGAUGUCUCAGAGAAAUAUGUCUGGAAAUGAUUGGCCCCAUCGCAGAAUGGGUUUCCAUGGCCGAAAUCAGUCUUUGGGCGCAGUUCCGUCUACUAAGGUGAAACAAAUAUACGUGGCUAAGCAGACCCUUAGUGGGACAAAAACCAUGGGAUGAGCAAAAACCACAUGGUUGUUUAGGGAUCUUGAUAGGUAAGAUCUGUUAUUGAGUAUCUAUCAUAUGUCAGUGGGACAAUCAAGCUAGUUUUGUUACCUUCUUGCAUUUGUGGCCUCUGAAAAUAACUUAAUUUGGACUUUAGAUGAUUGGUGGUGAUUAUAGUGAUCCUCUCAAUUUUGUCCCGAAUAUGGAUUACUAAGUUGUGGUUUGGCUGCUGAGAUUUGAAAUUGAACCUUGUGCCCGGCUGUUAUCUGCAAAACUUUAGGCAGCUGCUUAUUGUUUGGCUUCUUAUUUAGUCCCCUUUGGUAUUUGUUAAUAUCAAAACAAAAGGAACAUGCUAUUUCUGGUGUAACCGGCUCUUGUUUUGCUUUAGAACGGCUUAUGUUCGCAUGGAAAAUGAAAUGCUUGGAACCUUUCCCAUUUA